CUCUCUCUGCCCACUGCUGCCAACAUACAGGGCCUGGUGGCAGCCGCUGCUGCUGGUGGCAUCAUGACGCUCCCCCUACAGAAUCUGCAAGCUACCUCAUCCUUAAACUCUCAGCUCCAGCAUCUUCAACAACUCCAACAGCUACAGCAUCACCAGCAACAGCAUCAUCAUCAUCAACAACAACAGCAGCAACAACAACAACAACAACAACAACAGCAGCAGCAGCGAGAGCGAGAGCAGCGUGAAAGAGACCAACAACAAAGAGAACGUGAACGAGAGCAGCACCAACAGCUCUGCGGUCCAAAGCAUCUCCAGCCACCCAGCCAUCAUCAGCUCACUCCUCCAAUUCAAUCACAAGUCUCUGGACCUUCCCCGGGCUCCACCUCCACCUGUACCUCCUCCAAUCAUAGCUCAGCCCAUCCUCCCCAGUCUCCGCCCCCUCACAGGCAAAACCAAUCACCACCUCACAGUUUGCCGUCACCUGUCACACCUCCUCUGCAACUACAGGUGCCUGCAGGGCUUGGCUGGACAUAUAGGCAUGGCAAUGCCGUUGAUGGGAUGCGCUGUGUGUUUGUAGUGUCGUGGCGGCUGACAUUGGCUGACAUAAUCAGGUCACUGAGACGGUCAAGCCCAGGGCUACAGGCUCUGCUCUCCCCCUUAUUACUGACGCACAUUAUUCAGGCCCCAGACGUGGCCAGGGGAGCAGCAGAUGCUGCCACCGACCCCAAAAAAAGUGAAAGUUUUGGAGUAAAGGGAUGA